AAAUGAGUGUAGUUUUCGAAUCUAAUGCGUUCAAUAAUCAAUUAGAUUAGACCAAAUAAUAUCACCAUUAUUCAUUCAAACUAAAUAGUAAAAAACAUUUUCUAGUCAUCCCAAAAUUUGAAAGCAACGCAAAUUUCGCAGAAAGCACCACACAGCAACAACAACAUCAGUGGCCCAGUAGCUUUUUCCGAACCCACACAACACUCACUACUUUGCAUCGUAAAAGCUCGUAUCGAAUCUUGUCCCACAUACUUUCUCUGUUCCUCUCUGCUCUCUUCAGUAACGAGGAGAAGACUGAGAGCCGCAAUGAGUCUAGCAUGUCUUGUGUGCCAUAGUGUGGAAAAUCCAUCACCAUCUCACUCUUUCAGGAGGUCGGUUUCGAAUUCAGAAAAUGAAGGAAGAUGUUAUGCUAUUGCAAACUGCUUAACAAGGAAAUUACAUGUUCAUCCCCCUACAAUAAAUUCUUUUCAUGCACCAUCAUCUUCCAAAGUCACUCCUCAACCUUCUAUCUCAAGUAACGGGGAGAUGACUGGUCCUCCACGGCUUGUAAGAAGUCGUGCUGUGAGAAGGGACAUAGUACAAGAUUGGAAUUUUGAUGAACUUGUAUCUGCUUAGUCAACAACAUGCUGGAGAAAGGCCAAUUAUUUCUCUUCCGCAAUAGUUUUCUCUCUUUCUUGUGACAUAGUUUAGACUUUAGACUUUAGAGCACGACAUAACAUUUACUAUCUUGCUGCCUUAAAUUUUGUUAUGAGUUCAACUGAACUCUCUAGUUUUCUUGUAUACAAACAAAUUUAAUGCAUGACAGUGUUUCUGGUUUCUUUGGUAUUUUUCUUUUGGUUCA